AUGGAGGAUUUUCACGCAACAUUGGCAGAUUGUGAAUUAGUGGACUUGGGCUAUAGGGGGCCUAAAUUCACCUGGAAUAAGGGUAGAGAGGGAGGUGCUUUUAUUCAAGAAAGAUUAGAUCAAGUGGUGGCAAAUGAAGGGUGGAGGUCUUUAUUCCCGCAAGUUGAUAUUUUGGUGGAGAGUGCUUCUUGUUCCGAUCACCUCCCUGUGUUCAUAAUGUUAUAUGAAACUAAGCGGCAAGGAAGGCCAUAUCGUAAAUUCAAACAUGAAGCCUCAUGGGCUUUGGAGGGAACGUAUACUGAGAUUAUAAAGUCUGCUUGGAAGGCCAGGCGUAUACAGACUGAUCAUUGGGGCAAUAUACGUCAAAAACUCGGGAAUUGUCAAGGGGAGCUGAUGCGGUGGCAGAAAAAGAAAAAAGAACCUGAAACAGAAUUAAAAAAUUCAUGCACCCACUUGGCUGCUUUACAAGCUAAGGCGGGACCAGAAUGGAUGGAGGAAAUGACCAAAAUCAAGCUGCACGUGCAGACUCUCAUGGAGCAAGAGGAAAUACAAUGGAAACAAAGAGCGAAGGUGGAAUGGCUUAGGAAUGGCAACAAAAACACUAAGUUUUUCCAUGCUUGUGUAAAUCAGCGAAGAAAGUCCAAUGUAAUCUGCUCGGUCUGUGAUAUGGCAGGGAACCAAAUGGAGACUCAUGAAGACAUUGGGGGUGCAUUUGUGGGGUACUUUAAUAUUUUGUUCACAUCAGGCAAGCCAGAUCAUAUGGAUGAAUGCUUGGAGGCUCUCGACAAACGCAUCACGGAUGAUAUGAACGGAUGA